AUGUCAUCAAAAGUGGGCUCAAAGGAUUAUUCGAAAUUUCAACUGUCAACUUCUCCUUCAAGUAGUUGUGGCGAUUGGUUGGCUGCACAAUGGUGUUUGAUAUCGGAGUGGAGCGAAAACGGAUCAGAAGUGAUAGGACUUCUUGUUGGUGGAUUCGAUUCGGUUCGACUCAAAUCUUCUUCACCUGACAGCCGUUAUGGUUUAGGCAGUCUCUUCUACUGUGAAGAUGCACAAAAAUGGGCAGAGAAAGGCGUGGUGACAGCAGCUGGGUCACCAAAGUGGAUGAACUAUCAACGGUCGGGUUCCCCGUCAAGUCAUCUUGAUUGUUACCAUCACCACUGCUGCCCAUUUCAGAUACUAAUUUCGCCAGUCAGCCCUUCACAAACAUUUAGUGUGAGGAAUAUUCUUCGAAGAAAGGAACGAUCAUCGCAAUCAGUUAACGGUACGCAUUCAAACAAACAUUAUUAA